AUGCUUGUUCAAUCAAAUAUCCCCCCCAUUUCUGUGACCAGGACAGUGGUGUGCAGCGACCCUGACUUGACACUGCCCCCAGCUUCGAUUCCUCCGGACACCUGCAGGCUGUGCCUGGAGCGAACUGCCAUCCGCAGGGUGCCUGGAGAAGCUUUCAGGCCUCUGGGCCAUCUGGAACAGCUGUGGCUGCCCUACAAUGCUCUAAGCGAGCUCAGUGCCCUCAUGCUCAGGGGCCUGCACCGCCUAAGAGAGCUGCGUCUGCCUGGGAACCGCCUGGCUGCUUUCCCCUGGGCUGCUCUCAAGGAUGCUCCACAGCUGCAGCUGCUGGACCUGCAGGCCAAUCGCCUGGUGACCUUGCCACCUGAGGCUGCGCACUUCCUGGAAAACCUUACUUUCCUGGACCUCUCCAGCAACCUGCUGAUGAGGCUUCCUCUGGAGCUGCUAGAUACCUGGGCUCACCUGAAGACUGGACCCUUUCUUUCUGGUCACCGUGCCAGACUAGUCCUAGGGCUCCAGGACAACCCCUGGGUAUGUGACUGUCGACUCUAUGACCUGGUUCAUCUCCUAAAUGGCUGGGCUUCAAACUUGGUCUUCAUCGAGCCUAGACUGAGGUGUGCCAGCCCACGAAGCCUGGCUGGAGUGGCCUUCAACCAGCUGGAGUUGAGAAAGUGUCAGAGCCCAGAGCUCCGUCCAGGGGUGACCAGCAUCAUAUCCCCUUUGGGCAGCACGGUAUUGCUGCGCUGUGGAGCAACUGGGGUCCCAGGUCCUGAAAUGAGCUGGAGGAGAGCCAAUGGACGUCCCUUCAAUGGCACAGUGCACCAGGAAGUCUCCAGUGAUGGCUCAAGCUGGACUUUGCUGGAUCUGCCGGUGGUGUCUCUCUUUGACUCCGGAGACUACAUCUGCCAGGCCAAGAACUUCCUAGGGGCUUCUGAGACCCUGAUCUCCUUGAUUGUCACCGAGCCCCAGACUUCUACAGGAUUUAGUGGGAUUCCGGGGGCCCUGUGGGCAAGGACAGGGGAGGGAGCAGAAGCUGCUGCUUACAACAACAAACUGGUGGCCAGGCAUGUUCCCCGUUUCCCCGAGCCUUUAGCCCCGGCUACCAAGCCCUCGGUGCCCAGCGUAAAGAGGGAGUUGGAGCUCCAGCACUUUCAGAUGGACGUCCCAGGAGAGUUCUCCAGAGAGCAAGCAGAGCACCAGGAAGCCCAGAUGGUCAGUUCUCUCAAGGUGUUGGGAGAUACGUACCACAGUGUGUCGCUGGUGUGGAAGGCCCCUCAAGCUGGGAACACAACUGCCUUUAGUGUCCUUUACGCCGUCUUUGGGCAGCGAGACAUGCGGAGGGUGACUGUGGAGCCUGGGGAGACUAGUGUCACCAUCGAGGGGCUUGCUCCAAAGACCAAGUAUGUGGCGUGUGUCUGUGUGCGGGGCCUGGUGCCUACGAAGGAACAGUGUGUCAUCUUCUCUACCGAUGAGGUGGUAGACGCAGAGGGCACCCAGCGGCUCAUCAACAUGGUGGUGAUCAGCGUGGCGGCCAUCAUCGCGAUGCCUCCCACCCUGCUGGUCUGCUGUGGCGCUCUCCGAAGACGCUGCCACAAGUGCCGCACUGGGGGCUCUGCAGAGGCUUCCGGUGCCUAUGUUAAUUUGGAAAGACUCGGCCACAGCGAGGAUGGCUCGGAGGAGCUGUCCAGGAGCAGCCUCAGUGAGGCAGAUAGGCUUCUCUCAGCGCGCUCCAGCCUGGACUCCCAGCUCUGGGGAGUCAGGGGUAGCAGGCGCAUCAAUGAAUACUUCUGCUGAGCCUGCCUCCCCACUCACACCUGCUUAGCCGCUCUCCCUCUUCCGUCUCACACACUUUCACACCUGAUUUGUGUGCUCAGCCAUCCUUAUUGUUUGGGUACUUGCAUACAUGUGCAUUUACACCAACAACAGCUACUAUUGUUAUUAAGCACUUACUAUGUGCCAGCAAGUGUCCAAAGUACUUCAAUAGGCAAUAACUCACCUGAUUCUCAUAACAACUCUUAGUAACCACAGGCAUCGUUUUCCUCUCUAGUUUCCUGGAGAAGAAGCAGGUGUUAAGUAUUUUGCCUGUAUCAGCCAGUUUCUGCACAUAACAAAUAAAAGCAAAAACUCUCUGGUAUGCAGCAUUAAGACACUUACUUUUACACUGUGUCUGUAGGUGUAUGUCCCAUUGGGGCCCAGAGGUGGAGAGUAACAGUGGCUCCCUGGGACAGACUUUUCUCAGAUGGCAUAAGAGGAAUUUGUAAAAUCAAGCAAUACCUCUAAAUAUCUUAGUGUGAGAUUGCUUCUGCCCAUAUUAUAUCUGCCAAAGAGAGUCUCAUGGCCAAAUGCAACUUUAACAAGGCAAGCAAAGAUACUAAUCCUCUGAAGGUGAUGAUGGGAGACAAAACAUUUGUGAAACAGAUUUACUACCUGGCCCACCAUGGUACUGCUACCAGAGAGUGGCAGCUCUAGCUUUUGACCAGGCAGUUGGACAGCUGGUUCUAUUGGAAACUCCUUACCAUCCUCUAUGUUCAUUCAUGCUUGCAUUUAUGCCAACUCCUAGACACCCCACACAGUCUUUCUAUACAUUAGCCACGUUUUUGAACACACACACACACACACACACACACACACACACACACACACUUCUUCCAUAUUGUGCCCACCUCACUGAAUUCUAACAUACAACUUUUUGAGAUGCUUGUAAAUGCCCUAGAGUACUGCUCUCUUGCUCUCAGCUUGCCAGACUGGGGAGAACCAAGAAUCAUCUAUAACAGAGGGAACUGUCAUGCCCAUCUUGUCUUACACCCAGCCCAUUCCCAUAGAGCAGGCUUUACAAUGUUUUCUGAACUGUCCUUGGUUUUGGAGAGGACCUAGGAGCUUUUCUGGUCAUGCAGCAGGCUAUUUCAGAGGAGAAUUCCUGCUGAGUUCUGCCCAAGGCAGAGACAGCAAGGAUGCUUAUGCACAGGAGUGAAUAGAUGCUCUUAGCAGAAUACCCCAUUUAUUCCUUGUCUACAGAGUGAGUGGAUGCUCCUAGCAGAAGACCCCAUGUAUUCCUUGUCUACAGAGAAGAUGGGUAUCAAGUCUUUGGGUAACAACUGUGAGCUUUCAGAGUCAGAAGUGACCCCAGGACAUCAUUUAAUUACCACCACACAGGAUACUUCACCUCAUGUGAAUGUUGACUUGAUAUAUCUCCUUCUUAUUUGCAAAAAAAUCUUACAAAAUGUUCCUAACAGCCCCUUCUGGAGGCCAGGAUAUUUGAUUUUACAGAACUGAGAACCAAAGAACUAAAUAUGUAUACAAGGUAAAGAUGGAGUAUCUUUUGGAAUCCAUAUCUUUGACAACUUUCUGGACAUUAUGUCUUUAUUCAGUAUUGACCUCUGAAGGACAGUCCACACCAUAUUUAACAUGAAAAAUGAAUUUUUGGCAGCCACUGAAACAUGGAAUCAGAGCCACGUGAACAUUUUGCACAUGGUAAUAGAUUCAGCAAACUUACAUGUUCUUCUGUCACCACUCUCCGAAGGUUGCAUUUGAUUAUAACUUAUGAGUCAUCACCAUUAGCAAGAACAGUUUUUUGGUUGAACAGUAAUGGCCUUGUCUACAUCAGUUAUCAACAUAAUUUCUGCUAACUAAACCAUAUAAUGAAUGUCACAGGCUUUGUCAUUGCAAAUGGAAUGAAUGAAAAGCAAGUGUGGACUGCAUGUGAGUUAAUGGACAUGGACGUGAUCCAGUAAAGCAUUGUUUACAAGAGCAAAUGACAAACUAGAGACAACGUCCAAUUAGCCUUAUUGAACUCUGUGGAAGAAAAAUCAGGAACUUGGAAGCAAAAAAUAAAAUUAGUAUACUCAAUAUUGGCCAAGAGAUUGAGGAGGAGGAAGGAGAGGAGAAAGAGAGAAAUUGGGGAUGGGGACCAAAAUCCAGAAGGACUUCCUUCAGGGUGUGAGUGACCAUUACCUGCAAGAUGGCUGGCCUCUUUGUGUCCAUGUAUCAGCUUUCCUUUAUGUGUUUGUCUCCCCUGAUUUUUCUCUUGUAGGGAAGAGUCAUUCUGGAUUGUUCUAAUGAGUAUUUGUGUUACUAAAACAAACUCCUCUGGCAAAUGAAUAAAUAAACAACAUCUAGUUUA